AUGAGCGGAGCAGUCUACGGUGGAGAUGAAGUCAGCGGAUUGGUUUUCGACGCUGGAUCUCAAUCUUUCCGAGUUGGAUUUGCCGGUGAGGAAUAUCCAAAGGGAGACAUUCCAUCAUAUAUCGCUGUUCAAGAGUCUCUGCCCGAUGAUGUUAUCGAGAAAGAUGAAGCUAUGGAAACAGGUGACAAUUCUAAUGUGCAAACCAAACGCGAGAAAAACUUCUACAUUGGAACUACCAAAAUUAUUGUGCCACGAGCCAGAACAACUAUGGAAAAUUUCAUGAAAGAAGGAUUGAUCGAAGAUUGGGAUUUGUUCGAAAAGAUUGUUGAGCACUCAUACGAGAAUAUUCUCUACUCGAACCCAUCUGAGCAUCCAGUUUUGUUCUCUGAAAGCGCUUGGAAUGACCGUGGGCGUCGUGAAAAGCUCACUGAGCUUAUGUUCGAAAAGUUCCAAGUUCCGGCCUAUUAUCUGUCGAAGAACGUUGUCCUCUCCUGUUUUGCUCAAGGCCGUACUCACGGAUUGAUGGUUGAUUCGGGAGCGAGUCAAACCUCGGUUGUUCCAGUUUUCGAUGGAUACGCAGUCACUCAUGCUGUUGUUAAAUGCCCGAUUGGUGGUGAUGUGAUCGCUGAUCAACUGGCUAAUAUGCUCGAACAACAGAACGUUGAUUUGGUACCAACAUACAAAAUUGCUGGAAAAGAAGAAGUCAGCGAGGGAGAUCCAGCGAAAUGGACACCGAAAAAGAAUCUCCCAGAGGUUACUCCAAGCUACGAUAAGUUUAUGAAAAAGAUGAUUCUCGAAGAUAUGGCGGCGACUAUGCUUCAAUUGUGUGACACCAACAUUGACAUGGAUUACGUUGAAAAACUUCCAUCAACACCAUACGCGUUCCCCAAUGGAUACACGAAAGAGUUUGGAGCAGAGAGAAUUAAGCUUCCAGAGUGUUUGUUCGAUAUAAACUACCUCAAAACUGACCAAAAGAAAGAAGGACUUAUGACAGUGGCACAAAUGGCAGCAACAUCAGCCAAUCUUGCUGAUAUCGACAUCAGACCAACAUUGUUCUCAAACGUCACCGUCACAGGAGGAAACUCGUUGAUUCUCGGAUUCACUGAACGACUCAACUACGCUCUCGCUACGAAGUGUCCACCGACGAUAAAACUUCGUGUCUUCGCAGCACCAACCCCUCAGGAACGAAAGUACGGAGCAUGGAUUGGAGGAUCUAUUCUCGGAUCAUUGGGAACAUUCCAACAAAUGUGGGUCAGUAAAGCCGAGUACGAUGAGACUGGCAAGGUCAUUGUCGAUAAAAAGUGCCCAUAA